CCUCCCGGGGCGGGGGGCAGGUGUUUGAGCCCAAACCAGUCAUGGCCGGAAGACCCAUCCGCAUAGGAGACCAGCUGGUUCUAGAGGAAGAUUAUGAUGAGACCUACAUCCCCAGUGAGCAAGAGAUUCUCGAGUUCGCCAGAGAGAUUGGUAUCGACCCCGUCAAAGAGCCGGAACUGAUGUGGCUGGCGAGGGAGGGCAUUGUGGCCCCGCUGCCUGUGGAGUGGAAGCCCUGCCAGGACAUCACAGGUGAUAUUUACUAUUUCAACUUUGCCAAUGGGCAGUCCACGUGGGACCAUCCGUGUGACGAGCACUAUCGGAACUUGGUGAUCCAAGAGCGGGGGAAGCUAUCAGCUCCUGGAGCCAUUAAGAAGAAAGACAAGAAAAAGAAAAAGGAAAAGAAAGACAAGAAGGACAAAGAGAACCCCAAAAGUCCGCUGGCCCUGGGCUCCUCAUUAGCCCCAGUCCACGUCCCUCCCGGGGGCCUGGCUCCCUUGAGAGGCCUUGUGGAUGCCCCCGCCUCCGCUCUUCGUGGAUCGCAAAACCUGAGCUUGGGGAGCUCGGCAGAGUCUGGUCAGCUUGGAGAACUCACGCUGCCUUCACAGGGUCUCAAGACUUCUGCUUAUACGAAGGGUCUCUUGGGCUCCAUCCAUGAGGACAAGAAUGCUCUCAGCCUCUUGGCUUUAGGGGAGGAGACCAACGCAGAGGAUGAGGUGGAGAGCGACAACCAGAGUGUUCGCAGUUCAAGUGAGCUUUUUAAGAACCUGCACCUGGACAUUGGGGCGCUGGGGGGUGACUUUGAGUAUGAGGAGUCUCCGAGAACAAGCCAGCCAGAGGAGAGGAAGGACGCUUCUCUGUAUUCUGAUGCUUCUGGGCCCCCCACUCCUGGCAAGCUCGUCAGCCAGGGAGCAGACGGCAGUCUGAGCAGCGCUGAUGGCAGAGAGCAGCAGGGAAGAGGGGCGAGUGCUCGGCUCCCGGCAAAAGAAACGGAUGAGAAGAGUGAUCCUGGGAUGUCCAGGAUUGAGGUGGACCCUGGGGGUGGUCAGCCUGCCCAAGCCACCGAAAAGGAGGCAACAGAAGACUCAUUGGAUGCAGGAGAAGAGGGUUCCAGGCGGGGAGAGGCCCAGGUGGUGGAGGAGAAGGAGCCCAAGGAGCGGACUUCGGUCCCCAAAGAGAGCAGAUCAGACCGGAGCCAGGAUUCGGACAUUAGUGAACACGUGAAAGGGCUGCAGCUCUCGGACUCUGCCGCGUCUGACCCCAAGUCCUUCCCAGGCCUGGACUUUGGUUUUCACGGCCGGAUCUCGGAGCACCUGCUGGAUGUCAACGUGCUUUCCCCAGUCCUGGAUGGAGCCCACUGGGAGGCCCAGAGGUUGGGAAGAGAAGACAAGGAUGGCAGCCAGCCCAGCCAAGAUGAGCAGCGGAGCAAGCCGUCCAGAGGCUUGGAGAGGACUUACUCAGCUGCCCUGGCUGGUCUGACCAGGUUGUCUCCUCCAUUGGUGCCUGGGAGGUGGCACCAGAGUCCCCUUCACAGCCAGGCCACCGAAGAAGGGCCUCUGCAGGCCUCUGAGGGGCAGCUCAAACAGGAGCAGGCAGAGGAGCCUGGGGACUCUGUAGGCAGCCCCGUUCCUCCCGGUUCCCUGCAGAGGGAGGAGACCCCAAGCCCACCUGCCGCCCAUGAGAGAGCCAGGGAGCAGCGCUCCUGGGCCACGGAGCUGGGCCUUGGGCAGGAAGAGGCCAAGGAGCCCGAGGAGAAGGUGGCGGCCCACCCUGCCCCGCCAGUCUUCCCAGAGGCGCGAUCUGCGGAGCCUGCAGCUCCCCCAAAGCAGGCUUCACUGAAGGCCAUGGAAGAGGCUGUGGCCCAGGAACUGGAGCGAGACCAGAGGCGGCUCCUGGAAUCGAAGCAGGAGAAGAUGCAGCAGCUGCGGGAGAAGCUGUGGCAGGAGGAGGAGGAGGAGAUGCUCCAGCUGCAGCAGCAGAAAGAGAAGUCUCUCAGUUCCCUGAAGGAGCAGCUGCGGAAAGCCACCGAGGAGGAGGAGACUCAGAUGAGAGAGGAGGAGAGCCGGAGGCUGUCCCAGCUCCGGGCCCAGGUGCAGUCCAGCACCGAAGCAGACGAGGGCCGCAUCAGGGCCGAGCAGGAGGCUUCCCUGCAGAGGCUGAGAGAAGAGCUGGAGUCUGUCCAGAAGGCUGAGAGGGCCAGCUUGGAACGGCGGAGCAGACAGAUGCUGGAGCAGCUCAGGGAAGAGAUGGAGGCCUCGGAGAAGAGAGAGCAGGCUGCUCUGAAUGCCGAGAAGGAGGCGGCUUUGCGGCAGCUCAGGGAGCGGCUGGAGCAGGAGAGGAAAGACGCAGCGGCAGCGCUGGAGAGGGAGCACAGGGCCGAGCUGGAGCGGCUCUCUUCCUCGCUGGAGGCCAAGCACAGAGAGGUUGUCUCCAGCCUGCAGAGGAAGAUGGAGGAAGCCCAGCAGAAAGAGGUGGUCCAGGUGCAGGAGAGCCUCAGUUGGGCGGAGCAGAGGGCUCAGCAGAGGGCUCAGCACGUGCUCGAAUACGAGCAAGAGCUCAGCGGCCUCCUGCGAGAGAAGCGCCAGGAGGUGGAGAGGGAACACGAGAGGAAGAUGGACAGGAUGAAGGAGGAGCACCAGCAGGUGGUGGCUGAAGCCAGAGAGCAGUACGAGGCCGAGGAGAGGAAGCAGCGGGCGGAACUGCUGGGCCACCUGACCGGGGAGCUGGAGCGCCUGCGCAGGUCCCACGAGCGAGAACUGGAGGCUGUGAGGCAGAUGCAGGACAGGCAGCUUGAGGACUUGCGGCGUCGGCACCGGGAGCAGGAAAGGAAACUCCAGGAUUUAGAGGUGGAACUUGAAACCAGAACCAAAAAUGUCAAGGCCAAAUUGGCUCACCUGGGCCUCCAGGAGGAGACGGCCCGAAAGGAGCAGCAGCAGCUCCUUGACGCGCAGAGGCAGGCUGCGCUGGAGAGCGAGGAGGUCACAGCCAGCUACCAGCACUUGGAGGAGGCAAAGAAGGAGCACACGAACCUGCUGGAGUCCAACCGACAACUCCGAAGACUCCUGGAUGAGCUUCGGGCCCGCAGGGCGGAGCUGGAGUCCCAGGUGGAGGCGCUGCAGACCCAGAGUCGGAGGCUGCAGAAGCACAUCAGCGACCUGGAGGCUGAAGCUCAGAGGAAGCAGGACAUGUUGAAAGAGCUGGAAGCUAAGGAGAGCAGCACUGCCCCACGUUUUGAGCCAGACCUCCACAUUGAGGACCUGAGGAAGUCCCUUGGGACCAACCAGACCAAAGACGUACCCUCUUUUCUCUCCCAGAGCAAGGAGGAGACCGACUUGUCCUUGGACAGCGUCCGGCACUACCUCUCUGCCGAGGGAAUGGCUCUCCGCAGUGCCAAGGAGUUCCUGGUACGGCAGACGCGCUCCAUGCGGCGGCGGCAGUCGGCUCUGAAGGCCGCGCAGCAGCACUGGUGCCGGGAGCUGGCCCGUGCUCCGGAGGCCACCAAGGACCCCCUGGGCACCAAGGCCCUGGAGGACGCGCGCCAGGACCUGGAGGAGGAGACCAGGCACCUGGAUGAGAUGAAGUCAGCCAUGCGGAAGGGCCACGACCUGCUGAAGAAGAAGGAGGAGAAGCUGAAUCAGCUGGAGUCCUCUCUCCGGGAGGAGGCUUUAGAUGAGGACACUCGGCGCCAGACCCCCAAGAAGGGGGUGACAUUUGACCUCAGCGACACGGACGACGUGAGCAGUGCAAGCUCCGAAUCCUGCCCCCUGCCUCCCCAUGAGUGGCAGUGUCGGCAGGGGGAGGACCAUGUCAACCUGACUGCAAGUGCCACAUUGCCCUACAAGUUCCACUACCUGAGCAGCAGCCUUCAGCGGAUCAGCAGCCAGCUGAACGGCGUCCUCAGCAUGCUGGGUGGUCUCAACCUCCCACCGCCGCCGUUCUUCACCUCCACGCCAGUGCCUGCCCCGCCCCGGAACCCCAGUAGUACCCCUGUACCCGCCUGCCCCUCCCUGGCCCGGGUCUCGGCCUGGCCGCCGGUGGAGCCCACAACCACCCAGUGGGCCUGGGACGCCGGGCUGGGCCCCACGCUCUCCUCCUCCGUGGCUCAAUCAGUGGACGACUUCCUGCUGGAGAAGUGGCGCAAGUAUUUCCCAACUGGAGUACCGUUCCUCAGCAGUAGCCCCGCGCCCCUGGAGCACAGGCUGGGUUACGUGUCUGCCAGCGAGCAGCUGCGUCUCCUGCAGCGGGCCCAUUCCCAUGGCUCCAGCCUCCAGGUGGGCAGCACAGACUUCCAGAGCAUGAUGGAGGCUAACCGAAAGUGGCUAGAACAUUACAGGAAUGACCCCAAGUUUCAUCUCUUCUCUUCGGUGCCCAAGCCCGCAGCUACCUCAGGCCUUCUGCAUCUGGGCCUGGAUGAGAACAACGGACUGAGGGUGUAUCAUUACUAAGGCCCCGAGCCCCUCCCGCACCCCGACCAAGUGCCUGUGGAGCCGCCCGCGCUCUGGACCCAACACAGCAUUCUUCUGCCCUGUUUGCUGCCUGCCCCCUCGGAGGAACCGGGGGCUGCGCUGGAAACCAUGAGCCGCCCCCACCCCCUGAGACCGUGUACCGCAGGCUGAAGAGUGUGGCCUCCUGCGAGAUCCUGUCUGGACAAGGUGACACUGAUGGGGGGGGGGGGGGUGUCCGAGCCCGGGCACCUGCAGGAGGACAAGAACAAGGUAUUAGGAGUUGCCUUCCGAGGCCAAGGGCCUACGGGCUCUCUGUGCACGGGAUUCUGGCAGUUGUGGAUGUGUGGCCCUUAAUUCACCAGGACGAAGCCCCCAGCAUGUCUGGACCCUGGGCCCCAUCUCUGAUACCUCAGCCUCAGAGAGAUCAGACCAUUUUCUUUCUCUUUUUUGUAAGUCUCCUUUCUUGAGCACUCUGUCUCAGGAUUGGGCCCAGAGCCCUACCAGAGGUGGCUGGAAGUGGGCCCCCAGACGCUCUGCUGCCCCUCCUCCCUCCGCUAGCUCCUUGCUUUCCUCAGGGGUGCUCCUUCCCUUCCCUCGGGCUCCUCCCCGGAGUCCUCCCCCCACCUCACCCCCAGCUCAAGUCUCAGGUCACAAGCGCACGACUUACAAGAAGCCAACAAGCCAUAGGAGGGGUCUGGGGUGUCUCUGGGUCCGCAUCGUGGUUUUCUCUUUCUGGACCACCAUGGGGAGAGUUGUGGGUUCUUGUUUCUGUCCCCUGGCAGCCUCCUCCGGGCUGGGCCACACAGGGUCGCGCUCCCUUCAGUCCUGCUUCCCGUCAGAGGGCUCUCCUGGGGGCUGCCGUGGAUGUUCUCAGACAUCUGUCCCAUCGUUUAAAUAAAAUGCCCCCGUGUUUGUCUUGAAGGCUCUGGGGUUGCCCUUGCCUCUCCGCUGCACAGCCACCAAGUCUCUGCAAGCCUACCUCUCAUUUCUUUGUCUGAGAAACUUUUGACCCCCACCCCACGCCCACUUUUUAGGCAUCUACCAUAGAGAAAAAAUUCCGUUUCAUGAUUUGGCUCCUCCUGGGUGCUUUGGGGCUAGCGCCUGUGUUACAGCCAGCUCUGUGACAAGCCUGUGUUUUCUACAUCAAUUAAAUCCCUGCACGUCCAUUUGCCACAAGGCAGUCGUGUGAAUGUGUCUCCUUCUCUUUGAAGGCC